AGCCAGUUACAAUGAUAGGAAGUUGAAGUGGUGAAUGUCAAAACCUUUGGGCAACAUGUUUAUAAGCUUUCGCAAGAAAAAGAAGAAGAGUGUAGCUGAGGUAGCUCCCCCUCCCACUCUUAACAGUGCUGACCGUCCUCCUCCAUACCCAGCAAGAGUUGGAUUGGAUGGACAACACACCUCCCCAAAUGAUUUAGACGAGGCUAGUUCAGCCGGGAGCAGCAUGAUAAGUCUCAAUCCUGCUGAUAUAACUAACUCUCCCAAAUUAAGAGCUGUAAAACUCUCCCGUAAUCAAGAUGGAAAGUUUGGUAUUAGUUUACUAAGAGGUGGUGACAAGCAUUUUGUGGAGGGCCCCGGCUUGUACCCCCAAGAUCGACUUAUUGAGGUCAACGGGGAAAAUGUGGAGGGUGCAACAAAUGAUAGGAUCUACGAGCUGUUCGAGCUGGGAGGAUCGGAGUUGACACUAGUGGUACAAGGUCUCCCAGAGAUGGCUGAAAUCAACUCGCGGAUCACGCCGGAGCAGCGCGACUCCAUCAUGUCCAACAGCACCAUGUCUCUCUCUUCAGUCAGUAGCUUUAGGAGCGAGAUGCAGGAGGAACCAUGGCAACAUUCCAGAAGAGUGUGGUAUGUGCACGCUGACGGUAUCCAAGCCGGCACCAUCCUCCCCUCCACUGCAGUAACCAACACCUCCAGCAGUACUGUGCUGCUCAGACUGGAUAAUGGUCAGAGGAUGAUCGAGGUUGACGAAUACGAUACUGAACCGGCGAACCCUCCGAAAUAUGACAGAGCAGAGAACCUAGCCUCUCUACUCCACUUAAACGAGAGUUGUGUUCUUCACACCCUACGGCAGAGGUUUGGGAGCAACCUCAUCCACACCCAAGCAGCCAACAUCCUUCUGCUCGUCAACCCUUCCAGGAAACUCAGUGUCUACAAUACAAAGGUGAUGUCAAUGUUCCGGAACAUGCACUACAACAAGAUGCCGCCCCACCUCUACAAGACGGCUAAACAGGCCCACCUCAAGAUGUUGGCUACCCACACUGAGCAGAGUAUCGUGUUGUGUGGCCCCACUGGUAGCGGCAAAUCCACCGCCCUUCACUACAUCGUCCACUAUUACGCUCAGGUUCACUGUAACCCAAAAGGCGGGUUACCCUCGGAGAAGUUCACAGCAGCCCUGGCGCUCCUGGACUCCUUUGGUUGUUGUCUGAGCGAGAGUAACACACAUAGUACCCGCUUUACCAGUCUUAUAACUCUCAACUUUACCGCUCAGGGCACUCUGACGGGCGCACAAACUUACACGUGCCUACUGGACAGGUUCAGAGUAGUGAACUGUGGUGAGGGUGAGUUAGGGUACCACAUAUUCUACCAGAUGAUUGAGGGCAGUGACGAUAGCUUGCGGAGGGAACUCCAGCUCGGAUCCAGAGCUACGGAGAACAACGAUUUUCUUCCUCCUCUAAUUGAGCACGGCCAAAGAAAACAAGCGGCUGAAAACUACGCUAAAACGCUGGAGGCGUUUAAAUUCCUGGGAGGUGUGAGCAUUCCAGAGGUGAAGGGGCUGCUGACCCUGUUAUCCGCCAUCAUACAUUUGGGAAAAACUGGAGCUGUUGCUCACGCUAACGGGAUGGGAGCCAGAUUCGCGAACCCUACCGCUGCUCAGAUCGCUGCUAACGUACUCGGCAUUAAAUACGAGGCUCUGGAACGACAGCUGAUAUCAACUCUGCCCCUCUCCUCUGACGCGGAUCCCGCCAAGUUGCUGCAGAACGCCAUUGAGGACCUGGCCAUGUCUCUCUACGAACUCGUGUUCAGCGCUGUAAAUACCCUAAUUAAUCGAGCACUGGCAGGUCCGGGCAGGUCACCCUACUCCCUGGUCCUGACAGACAUGCCGGGGUUCCAGAACCCCGCCCGCCCCGCCACCUUGCAGCACCUCCUCAUGAACUACGCCUCCGAGAGACUGCAGGCCUUCUUCCAGCAUGAGACUUUCAACAAAGUGCUGGAUUUGUAUGAGCAGGAGGAGAUAAAGAUGAACUACACUGACCUGCCGGCCUCUCCCAAACCUGUUUUAGACAUCCUGGACAUGCACUCACAGGGACGCAGCGACGAAGCGACCGACACUAAAGGUCUCUACUGGAUACUGGAUGAAGAGUCCAUGUUUCCGGGGGCUACUGAUAUUACGUUCUUGGAGCGCGUCCUCAUGCACCACUCUGAUGCUGGAGGCCGUGGCUACAGACUCCUGCACCAGUCAGGUCCCAGCAAGUUCGUCCUGUCUCACUGCAACCACCUGAUAAACGUUGAGUACGACUGUACUGGCUGGUUGCAGCAAGCUAGGGAUACAUCUGCGGCCAGAUUUGCUAAAACUAUCGUGCAGGAAUCCACCAGACAGCCAGUUAUACAACUGUUCCAAGGGAAAGGAGCUAGCACUAUCACCAAAGGAAGCCCUACUCCCAAAGCAUUAGCUGACGGCACGUCAACCUUCAUGCGACAAGCUAACUCUAGGAAGGGCCACAGUCUUCUGUCCUCUAAUAGUAUCAAACCCCAGAACAGAUGUCUCAACUACAAAUUCCAGUUGGACUAUGUGUUCGACACACUGAAACGUACAAACCCUCACUUUAUACACUGUGUAACCCCGCGGUCCUCUCACCGGCAAAACGAAGCAGUGAUGGAGAUUGUGCACGUGCGAUCCCAGCUAAGGAGCACAGGAAUCUUACAAUUCAUCCGACUUUAUAGAGAAGGAUAUCCGGACUGUCUGAGUUUCGCAGAUUUUCGGCGGCAAUUUGAAGUGCUCAGGUUAACGCCGUUUGAAGGCGCUGACGCUGACGGCGGAGAUUCUGUCUUCGACGAGCGAGAGGCUGUUAUUACAAUCUUGGAGGAUUGUGAACUAGACGACUCGAGAUACCGAACAGGCAUUAGCAAGGUCUUCUUCAAGCCGGGAGUGCUGGCAGACUUGCAGCUGGAGAAGGAACAGAAGCUCAACAACUUCGUUAUAGCUCUCCAGAGUGUGUGUAGAGGAGCUAUAGCUCGGAAGAGAGUAGACGGUCUCAUGAUGAAACACAGUGCAGUAUCGGUCAUACAGAGGAAUGCCCUGAUCCACGCUGAGCUCCAAUCCUGGGGUUGGUGGAAGCUGUUUACUCGGGUCAAGCCUCUCAUCAAGGUGCACUCAGCUAAAGAUAUCGAGCGUAAAGAGCAAGAGUUAGUUGUGUUACGAACCAAGGUAUCUAAGUUGGAGGAGGAGACUAACUCUCUGACGGAACAGAACGCUCAACUCACCGCUAAAACAGAAGAUUUGGAGGUCCACCUUCAGGAGGAGCGGGAAAACAGCGCCCAGGCGGCUAAUAUGUACCAGACCGAGUUGGUGGACAGGAGAACUCAUGAGAACAGCCUCGCUGAAUUCAAAGAGAAGUACGAGACGUUACUACGAGAUAACGAGAAGUUGAGACUCGAGAUAGAGGAGACGAAGACGACCCAUAUCCGGAGUAACGAGUCCCUGGCUCCGAGUUCCGGACUCGGGUCGGAGGAUGACGAGCAGGAGAACACUGCUCAGUUCUGGAAGCAGAAGUACAUACAAGCCACAGCAGAUCUGGAAUCUGCUAAGAAGAGUUUUGAAACUGAAGCUUUGUUCGCGGGGGAUGCUGUCAAGCAAUCUGUCAAACAGCUGGAGCGAAAACUGCAGGAAGUUGAGGAUGAGAAAGAACAUCAAGAAACGUUGGCUAACAACUACAAGCGGGCACAACAGAAGCAAGCUGAGGAGAUAGCUGACUUGAAGGUCAACCUAGAGCACAUACAGUCCAGAAACAGCGAGCUCGAGCGAAAACAGAAACGAUUUGAUCAGGAAGUAGCUAAAGUGAACCACACUCUGAAGAACGAAGUAAGCAGUAAGGAGAAGCUGGGCAAGGAGAAAGAAGCCCUGCAAACCGAGCUCAUCUCCCUCAAGGAUAGGCUACGAGAGUCCAAUGCUUCAGCAGAGGAGACAAAGAGAAAACUGACAAACGCUGAGUCUCAAUUAGUUGACCUGACAGCUCAGGGGCUCGAUACUACUGAUGUCGCCCAGCUGAAGAAAGCUAAACGAGACUCAGAGCAGAAAGUGGACGAGUUGGAAGAGGAAUUAGAGGAGGUCACAUGCCAAGUCUCCUCUCUUCAAUCAGCUAAAACAAAGUGGGAGAUGGAAGCUGGCUCACUGAGAGCUCAGCUGACUCACGAUAACGACGCUAAGGAGGAGGAGAUCUCCACCUUGAGAGACACCCUAAACAAGAGGAUCAACUCUCUUCAAGACCAGCUGGAGGAAGAGUACACCACCAGCAAAACCGCUCUCAAGCAAAAGAGGGAGUUAGAGAGACGGUUAGCUGAUGUCCAGGACUCAAGUGUCGGGGAAGAAGAAAUAAGAAGAGUUAAGAAGCAGCUGGCUAAGGUUAAAGCGCUAUACAGAGAGUCUCAGAGCCAGUUAGAAUCUAGACAGUCAUCUUCCGUCAACAAAUCACAACUCAACAACCUCAAAGCACAGGUUGAGGAUUUACAAGAUGCACUGAGUGCCGCUCAACGUGCCAAACGCUCAGCUGACAGUGAAUUGUCAGAAGUGACUGACCAGCUUCAAUCUGUUGGAAUUGCUAAGAUGGACGCUGAAAACAGAAUAUCAACCCUGCAGAAACAGGUGUCAGAAGCGCAGAGCCGAGUAGAAGAAAUGGAGGAAGAAAUAGAAGAAGCAGAAAAGAAGAACCGACUGCACAUGUCUGAGUUGAGCGCGGUGAAGCUUGAGUUGGCUGGCAGCCAAACAAAGUGUGACAAAAACAGACUGAGAGUGGGAGAGCUGGAGCGACAGAUCACAGACCUGCAAGCUUCUUUAGAUAGGGUUCAACGCGAUACAGCUGAUAAAGACAAGGUGGUAUCCCUGGAAAACAAGAUCCGGGAACUGGGACUCGAGGUGGAAAUGGAACAGUCCCAGAAAACUAGAUCCGAGAGAACAAUCAAGAAACUCAAGGAUUCUCUUGCUGAUGCAAUGGACGAAGUGGAAACCAAGAAGAGUAACGAAAUCUCGAUCCAGAAUGAGCUGAGGCGACUCCAGCGCCAGCUACGGGAAGCCAGCGAUGCUGCUAACGACACAGAGACUAAAGAUGUCGAGUGGAACAGAAAGAAGAGAGAGUACGACGAGCAAAUAGAAGAACUAACUUACGAGAGAGACAAGUUCCAGAAUCAGGUUAAGGGUCUGAAGGAUCGUCUGACGGUGGCGGAGAGCCGCGCAAAGGACACGUCGUCCUACGCCGUGUCGGACGACGACCUUCUCAGUGACGACAUUGACGAUAACUUCCUCGACGAUGACGAUGACGAUUAUCUCUUAGAUGACGAGGAUAUCGAGUUAGAUGUUCGAGAUACGGGUAGACGGGGCAGAAAGGCGCUGGACACGAGACCGUCGCGCGACAGUCUCUUCUCCCACUCCCCUCUCCGGAAUGCUAGCUCCCGUGUGUCCUCCUCUCCUCUCCGCAACACCAGCUCUCGGGACUCCUCUCCUCGACAAGUUCGAAACGGGGGAACACCACCAUCAUCUGAACGAGGCGGCGGCAGGGAAGGUAAACGCAAGAAGGACAGGAGAAGGAGCCGGGACGGACGGACACAGGGAUCAAUAACAGCAGCAGAUAUCGCCGCCGCUAGGAAAAUAGCGAAUGAGGAAGAUGAUAGAUAACAGGGAAAACGUUUAGACGGAACGACGGCCCGCCAUGUAAUCUACCUGAAUCAUCUGAAGAGAGGAUGAAAUUAGCCUUAGUAACACUCGAUCUGGUAACGAAAUAUUCUGAUCAGGACUGCAAGGAUCGAAAUUAAUUGAACUGUAUGGAAAAACUGAUUUAAGAAUUUGCUGAAAUUUGAUUAACAUUUAUCUGGCACGCAGUGCGCAAAGAACAGCUGAAGCUCUAUAUAGAAAAUUUUUUAUUG